AUGCUCGGUAAUUGCAGCAUCACUCUUGAAAACAAAUUCCGUCGAUUUGAAAUCAGAGGUGGUCAACGUGAAGUUGAAGAAUGGAUGGAGAGUAUUGACAAAGUGCAAAGCGAAAGCCCAUGGGUCAAGACCCACCGUUUUGGAUCAUUUGCUCCAAUUCGAUCAAACGCAAAAGUCAAAUGGUUUGUUGACGGUGAAAACCACUUUAAUGCUGUUGCAGAGGCUAUCCUAUCAGCAAAGUCUGAAAUUUAUAUUGCUGAUUGGUGGUUCUCACCUGAAUUGUACCUCCGCCGUCCUCCAGAGAAAAACGAAGAAUUCCGUAUCGAUAGAUUAUUGAAACGCAAAGCAAGUGAAGGCGUAAUGAUUUACGUGGUGGUUUAUAAAGAAAUGUCGGUUGCCCUGACAAUCAAUUCGGCUCAUACCAAACAAUGGCUCCAAGGGCUUCAUCCAAACAUUAUUGUUCAACGUCAUCCUGAUCAUAAGAUCGUUGGUGAAGACGUGUUCUUUUGGUCUCACCACGAGAAAAUUAUUGUGGUAGAUAAUAGAUUGGCAUUUAUCGGUGGUCUCGAUCUCUGUUUUGGACGAUACGAUACACAUUCCCAUCGUUUAGCCGAUCACCCUGCUGUUGGCCAUGAGCACAAGAUCUUCCCAGGUCAAGAUUACUCAAACCCACGUUCAAAAGAUUUUGUCAAUGUCAUUCAAUACGAUCAAACUCUUGUUGAUCGUGAAUCGAUUCCCCGUAUGCCAUGGCACGACGCCACUAUUGGUGUGGUUGGUCCAAUUGCACGCGAUAUUUCGCGUCAUUUCAUUCAAAGAUGGAACUUUUUAAAGACAAACAAGAGUAGCCACAGAUCAGCUGUGCCAUUUUUGAUGCCAAAGGGUGAAUAUGUGGCUGCCAGAGACGAAAGUAAUUUUACGGGAACAUGUCGUGUUCAACUUUUGCGAAGUUCUUCAAGUUGGAGUUCAGGUAUCGAGCGAGAGCAUUCAAUCUACAAUGCUUAUAUGGAAUGUAUCAGUGAAUCCAAGCACUUUAUUUAUUUUGAGAAUCAGUUUUUUAUUACUGUAACAUACUCUGACAAACUGUUGAAAAACAUGAUUGGACAAGCACUUGUUGACCGUAUUAAAAGAGCUCAUGCCAAAAAAGAAAAGUUUAAAGUAUUUGUUAUCAUGCCUCUUGUGCCUGCCUUUGAGGGUGACUUGGCAUCUGCAGAAUCUGCUUCUGCUCGAACCGUCAUGCAUUUCCAAUACACAUCAAUCUCUCGCGGAGGAAAUUCAAUUAUAGAAAAGCUUCGAGAGGCUGGCAUUGAACCUUCAGAUUAUAUUGGCUGGUACAGUCUUCGCAACUGGGACAAACUCGAACCCCCCUUUUCUGCCGCACCGCCAAAGCCAAAGCCAAAGCAAAAUCCAAAACCUUCUACUUCUUCAAAAAUCAAGAAAAGCGUGGAUGAUGAUACCAAGUCACCUUUUGAUGAUCAAGCAUCUUUGGACUGUGAUUCUGGUAUUGCCGAUGAUCCCUUUUCAGAUAAAAACAAUGUAGACAGUGAUGAUUCAGACGAAUAUGAGAUAGAUGAUCGUGACCAUUAUGUCAGCGAGUUGCUUUAUAUCCAUGACAAGCUCAUGAUUGUUGACGAUGUAACUGUAUUGAUUGGGUCAGCCAAUAUCAAUGAUAGAUCCCUUCUGGGUAACCGAGACUCUGAAAUUGCCAUGUUAAUCGAAGAUACCGAGGUCGUGAUAUCGCACAUGGAUGGAAAAGAGUACCGUGCUACUAAAUUUGCGCACACACUUCGGAUGCAAUUAUGGAAAGAGCAUCUUGGUCUCUUGGAGUUUGAUGACUGGGGUUCUCUUCUACCUAAAGCCACAGUUAACCGCUCUCCUGACACUCUUUCUCCUGAGUCACAAUCUCAUGUCCGUUUCAGAUCUCAUUCUAUUUCUCGUCCCGCAGACCAUGAAGAGGAUGACAUCUUUGAAUGUGAGGCCCAAGAGCCUGUUCGUGUAUUGGACCGCAUGAGCCGUACUCGCAGUCUCUAUGAUACAUUCAAUACUACCAAGCAGCACAGCCGCCAUUUGGAUGCAGCUGCAUUGGAUCCUCUGGCAGACCACUGCUACUAUGACAUCUGGCGUCGAACUGCCGAUGUAAACACCAAAAUAUACCGCGAUCUUUUCCGUUGUGUACCUGACGAUACUGUACAUACUUUUGAGCAGCAUCGCCAGUUUAUACCAGAUUCUAGCAUCCCACAGGGCCACGUAGCCGACCCUUCACGCUCUGGACGAGAGAUUCGACAAGAAUUGAACAAUGUUCGAGGGCAUCUAGUGAUGUUCCCCACUGAUUAUCUCAAAGAUGAAAACAUGAUGGGCUCUAGCUUGCUAGAAACCGUAACACCUCUUGUCAUUUUCACUUAA